AUGUGUAUUGAUUACCGCCAGCUGAACAAGGUUACGGUGAAGAACCGUUAUCCUUUGCCUCGCAUUGACGAUCUGUUUGACCAGCUUCAGGGUGCACAGGUGUUCUCUAAGAUUGACUUGCACUCAGGUUACCAUCAGUUGAAGAUUCGGGAGCCAGAUAUCCCGAAGACUGCGUUCAGGACUCGGUAUGGUCAUUACGAGUUCCUUGUUAUGUCUUUUGGGCUGACUAAUGCCCCGGCAGCUUUUAUGCAUUUGAUGCACAGUGUAUUCAGGCCAUAUCUUGACUCGUUCGUGAUUGUUUUUAUUGAUGAUAUUCUGGUGUAUUCCCGGAGUCGGGAAGAUCAUGAGCAGCAUCUGAGGACCGUGCUACAGACCUUGAGGGAGAAAAAGUUAUAUGCAAAGUUUUCA